GAGGCUCGCUUGUGUGCAAGGUGUUGCUGUGCAUAAUACAGAGCGCGCGCGCACGCACACACAGCGGCUUCCACACCUCUCCUCCUCUUCGUCCGCCGCCGCCGCCGCCUGUGUUUCUAGGAGCCGCAGAGCCCGGCAAGCAGUAGUAGCAGGAGGAGGAGGAGGAGGAGAGCUGCAGAGCUACAGAGCUACGAGCGCGCCUCUCUCCUUCUCUCUCUCUCUUGCCACGAGCGCGGCGGCAUCACACAAGCUCGAGGAGGGGAUACAGCGGCAGCCAGCAGAGCCCGGACGCAGCCCUUGUCUCUGGUUGACGCCAAAGGCCCGCAGUUCCUUCUGCCUCCUGCGCCUCUUUUCAUUAGCCCGUCGCCGCCACAGACGAGCCACCAUGGUGAAGCAGCCGCCCGGCAGUAGGAAGGCGGGAUGCGACUGCAAGCGCUUCUUGAAAAACAAUUGGAUCCUUCUCAGCACCAUCCUCGCCGUGGUUCUGGGCAUUGGACUAGGAGUUGCUGUUCGGGAAUAUGGGAAGCUUUCCAAUUUGGACAAGUUUUACUUUUCAUUUCCAGGAGAAGUUCUGAUGAGAAUGCUCAAGCUUAUCAUAUUACCAUUAAUUAUAUCAAGCAUGAUAACCGGUGUUGCUGCUUUGGACUCUAAUGUUUCGGGAAAGAUUGGCUUGCGGGCAGUUGUAUACUACUUCUGCACUACAGUCAUAGCAGUAAUCCUAGGGAUUGUAUUAGUUGUGACCAUCAAACCAGGAGUAUCCCAGAAAGCUGAUGAAAUUGACAGAAUGGGCAGUACACCUGAAGUUUCUACUGUGGAUGCCAUGUUAGACUUGGUUAGGAAUAUGUUCCCAGAAAAUCUUGUACAGGCCUGUUUUCAACAGUAUAAAACCAAACGUGAAGAAGUAAAAAUUACAUAUGAACCAGACAAAAAUGGCACUCUUCCUACAGAAGACCCUGUCACAAUCAUCAUGCCAACUGAGACACUGGAGAACAUAACUAAGGAAUACAAAAUAGUGGGCAUGUACUCUGAUGGCAUUAAUGUGCUUGGCUUGAUAGUCUUUUGUCUUGUCUUUGGAAUUGUUAUCGGGAAAAUGGGAGAAAAAGGGCAGGUGCUGGUGGACUUUUUCAAUGCACUGAAUGAUGCCACAAUGAAAAUAGUUCAGAUAAUAAUGUGGUAUAUGCCACUUGGUAUUUUAUUCUUGAUUGCUGGGAAAAUAAUUGAAGUUGAAGACUGGGAGAUUUUUCGCAAACUGGGUCUUUAUAUGGCUACUGUUCUAAGUGGACUAGCAAUCCAUUCUGUUGUAAUUCUGCCACUAAUAUAUUUAAUAAUAGUAAGGAAAAAUCCAUUUCGAUUUGCCAUAGGGAUGGCUCAAGCACUUUUGACAGCCCUCAUGAUUUCCUCCAGUUCAGCAACUUUGCCUGUCACCUUUCGCUGUGCAGAAGAAAAAAACCAUGUUGACAAGAGAAUUACCCGAUUUGUUUUACCAGUUGGAGCUACAAUCAAUAUGGAUGGCACCGCACUGUAUGAAGCAGUAGCUGCUGUUUUUAUUGCACAGCUUAAUGACUUAGAACUAGAUAUUGGCCAGAUAGUGACCAUUAGUGUAACAGCAACGGCUGCCAGUAUAGGAGCUGCAGGAGUGCCUCAGGCUGGGCUAGUUACCAUGGUGAUUGUUCUAAGUGCGGUUGGACUACCUGCUGAGGAUGUUACCCUCAUCAUCGCAGUGGACUGGCUUCUGGAUCGAUUCAGAACAAUGGUGAAUGUUCUUGGUGAUGCGUUUGGGACUGGAAUUGUGGAAAAACUCUCCAAAAAGGAACUUGAGCAAAUGGAUGUCACUUCUGAAGUCAACAUAGUGAAUCCUUUUGCCUUGGAAACCACAAUGCUUGACAGUGAGGAAGCAGAGACCAAGAAGUCUUAUGUGAAUGGAGCUUUUGCCAUAGAUAAAUCUGACACCAUAUCAUUCACCCAGACAUCACAGUUCUGAAGCAGACUGACUGACAGGGGAGACACGCUGGAUUAAAGGACAUGGGAGGCCCUUUGCCAAAUCAUAUUCUGGGUCCCUCACUCUUAUGACCCCACAUGCUGUACUUUCUUCUAUGCCUGCAUUCAUACAGGCACACAAAGGGAAACCUGCACCCUCUGUCCCACAAAUACCUCCCCCUCCUCAAAUCUGCCACAACAUAGAGAGCAGUUGUUCUGCUCCUCAUACUGUGCAGACUGUCAGCAUUUUACAUUUCCCCACAGCUGGGAACGUGGCCACUGUUCCUCCCUAGUCAUUUGAUAAAAGAACAGCCAGCUAAACUGCAGAGGCAUCUAUAGGAGCCCCAGUGCACAAAGAUAGGCAGUGAUAUAUGCUCUCUGCCAAAUAAACAGCAUCGGGGCACCCAGCAUGGUUUACUCAGCCCAACCUGCAUAGGAGCUUUGAAGGACAUAAUCACACAUGAGAUCAUUUAGUAAGAUAUGGGGAUAAGUGUGUUGCUCUGAGACAGACUCCAGAUUUUCUUCAACAGUUAGUUUUUUCCCAUUAUUUGAUCAUUGUGGACAGAUUUAUGAAAAAAGACAGGUUAUAAAAAUAUGGUGGUUGUUUUUUUUAAAGUUGUGUCCUAUUGCUAAGGAUGCUAGAUGCCUGCUUGCAGUGAGCAUGCUCAUGACUUGGGACAAUGAAGUGAAGAAUAUGCUCUCAUCUGAGGCAUAGUGCAGUGUUUUCCAUUCAGCUAUUCUGUGCAUGGUAUUCUUUUUUAAAAAACAAACCCUUCACCUUUCUUAUUUUAAUUGCACCUUGGACUUUACAAAUUAAUGCUGUGCCAAAAUGUUCAUUCCUGUAGCUAAAUAACUAUUAAGAUAGGGGAAAGGAGAUGACAAGAAUGGUCCUGCAAUAAGUAUUAACUUUUUAAAAGUGUGUGUGUAUGUGUGUUUUUAAUAAAAAUAAAUUAUUAUGGAAAUUGGAAAGUAGUACUUAAGAACUUUCAUUGUUAUAUUUUCUUUAACAUCUUAAAUUACAUCCAGGGGACAUAGCUGGACUUCAGAUGUUAAGUAAUCUUAAAUUGAAACUCUGAUAAUUUAUCUCUCCAUUUAUUAGUCCUAUUUUGGAAGUGGCAAGAAAUCACUUCAGAACCAUCAUUUUAGUUUAAUCCAAUAUUUAUUAGCUCUAGAGCAGAGGUCAAGAAGAUAAAAAUAGACUAUUUUUAUUAUUUGUGGUAGGGCUUACAGACAUGUUAGUCUUUUUAAAAUAUUAUACAUAGAGUGUAAUUGCUAGUGGCUAGCAGAAUGUCAGUUUGCUUGUUUCAUGGUUUAAUUUUGUGAUUAAAGCUGAAACCUCGCAGUGGCAAAAGUGCUAGACCUCAUUGCAAAGUACUGAACAUAAGGGUAAAUGAGACCCUCCAAUUAUCAAUGUUUUACCAGCAUAUGCCCCUUAAAUGAUGAAUAAAUAAUAGUAUUUUACCAACUGUUCAUGGAAUAAUGGAGUCAUGUUCUCAUUUUGGCCAUGCGAAUAUGGCUUCAUCAUCAAAACAUUCCAUACUGUUAAACAUUUUAUCUAGUAUCUAUAAUCAGGUAUUUUCAUGGUGCAAAUUAAUUCUCUUGUGAUAAAAAUUCUUGCAAAGUAUAAACUUAUUUUGCCUUGUACAUCACUUGAUAGCCAUUUGACCUGUAAAACACACUGAAAUUCAGAAUUUUUUUUUGUACAUAUGCUUAUGUCGAACUGAAAAAUGCAAUUAAUUACUAUAAGAAACGUUUAAAAAAUCCGGUAGCAUUAGACAAACUCAGUCUUACACUUUUAUAUUCAAUAAAUAAGCCAGGAUAUGUGCCAAAGACAAGUGAAAAGAAUAUCACAUAUAGAAUAGGUUUUGAUAAAUUGCACCUUAAUUGAGUGAGAGACAUAAAAUACUGUAUGUAUUUAAAUAUUAUAAGCUAUAAAUGCAGUGUGCAUACAAGUGCAAGUGUUGAUAUGUUUAUACAAAAUAAAGGAAUGUACAGUGUAAAUCAGUCCUUUAUCAUGUGCACAAUUAUUUUUAAAUAACAUUUGUACAGCUUUGCUAUUACUAGAGAAGAAAACUGUUCCAAAUCUAUUGUGCUUAGUUUUUUCUUUGCAGUUCUCCUUUUGAAAGCUAUCCUUUCCUCAUUGUACGUGUUUCCUUUCUUUCAUCUUAAUAAAUGGCUCUGGUCAUCCUAUCCUCAA